AUGCAGUUCGGCUACAACAACUCUAUCGCCGGAGGUUUUCUCAGUCUUCCGUCGUGGGUAGAAACCUUUCCUGCCCUCGACACCGUACACACCAAAGGAGCCGCCAAAGACCAUAACUCGACCCUUCAAGGAACUGUCGUGGCCAUGUACACUCUGGGCUGUCUCUAUGGCUGCCUCAGUUGUAUCUGGCUAGGCGACAAGCUCGGCCGGAAGAAGACCAUCAUCUUUGGCGCCUUGAUCAACACGAUAGGUGCAGCUCUUCAAGCAUCCUCGUACUCACUGCCGCAGCUCAUAGUCGGUCGACUGGUUUCUGGAUACGGCUUUGGACACAUUACAGACACUGCUCCCAAUUGGCAGGCAGAGUGUUCUGGCGCUGCUCAUAGGGGUGCUGCGGUCAUGCUCGAAGGGUUGUUCAUCUCUCUUGGCUUGGCCAUCGGAGGCUGGACGAAUCUUUGCAUGUCCUUCCACCACGGCUCUGUUACCUUCCGGUUCCCCAUGGCCCUAUCGGCUGUGUUCUCUAUCAUCAUCAUGCUUACUACACCACUGUUACCAGAGUCUCCCCGCUGGCUGACAAAGAAAGGCCGUAUCGAUCGUGCAAGAGAGGUUCUGGCUGACUUGACAAACACUGACGCCAACUCCACAGAGGUACGUGAAGCAAUCCGCGAAAUCGAGACAUCUCUGGCCCUCGCUGGAGAAGCCAAACUCAAGGAUAUCUUCACCAACGGCCCUCUCCGCCUCUUACACCGCAUGUGCCUCGCCUGCGCGGCGCAAUGCUUCCAGCAAAUGAGCGGCAUCAACGCCCUCGCUUUCUACCAGGCCAAGAUCUUUGAGGACUACCUGGGCCAAACACCCAGGGCGGCAAAGAUCAUCGCUGCUUCUGUGUUCACGUGGCAGACUAUCUGCUCGCCCAUUGGAGUUCUGACGGUGGACAGGUUUGGACGUCGCAAGCUGAUGAUGGUCUCGUCUUUGGGGAUGGGUGUUUGUAUGGCUGUUGUUGCGGGAGGGUCGUCGCAGCCGGGAGAUACGGCGUCAGUGGGAGUUGCGGCGGCUUUCAUCUUCCUUUUCUCACUAUUCUUCCCUACUGGGUUUCUUGGACUGACGUUUCUGUUUGCCGCGGAGAUAUCACCCCUUAGCCAUCGAGUGCCCAUCACAGCCAUGUCAACUGCCACCGCCUGGCUGUUUAACUUUGUCGUCGCCGAAAUCACUCCCAUUGGACUAGCUACCCUCAAGUACAAAUACUACAUCAUCUACGCCGCCAUCAACAUCUGUCUAACUUUUCCGUGCGUGUACUUCUUCCCUGAAACCAGCGGUCUUCACCUGGAGGAGGUCGACGCCAUCUUCUUGGACACGCGAUACCUGUCCGUCGUCGCCCUCGAGGUCUGGUCGCAUGUCGUCGGUGCAAGAGCCGCAAGCAGCGCUGCGAUAACGAGUUCCCAGCCUGCUCGAAUUGCCUCGGUGCGGGAGAGAAGUGCUCCUAUGGCGCCAAGCAAGCUUAUCCAGCAGACCUCGCCGCGACAAGAUGUUGUCAUUCCAACCAAUUGGCAACAGACGCUAUCGAUGGUUGACACCCAAUCUGGGAUAAAUGAGACUGAGCCCUCAAGCUUGACAGAGACAGCGACUUCCGACUUGGAAGCCAGCGCUGGGAUCGUUGCUCCCUCGCCUGACUCCUUCUUGGGAACUUCAAGCGGAUAUCCUCUUACGAAGCUACUGCGAUCAGCAUUGCCCUCCUCAGUACAUGCACGCCAAAGCCAUCAAGCUGGAACUUCCCACCAAAUAAAUCUCGCCGCACGCUCAUUAAUAGGCGUGCCUGCCAGUACAGGGCUGCAGGUUCAGAGCCAAAAGAUAUCUGACGGCUCACAUUUGCCCAGCAAAGAAGUCGGCGACAAGCUCAUUGAAGCUUACUAUACAAGAGUGCACCCCAAGCAUCCCUUCCUGCCCCGAAAAAGAGUCCAGUCAUUGCACGAGGCGAGGCUCGAGCUCGUCCGGCACAUAAAGCUGUCCAUUCAGAGGGUGUGGCGAAAGGAUGCGACUACGCGACGUUGCAACUGGUACAGUAUCUUUGCGACAGGCAAGCUCGAGAGCUUGGAAGCGAUGCUUCUGCUCACGAUAUACCAAUUAAGGUCGCCGACAGGCCCUGGCGUUUGGUGGAUGAUCGAGACAAAAAUGCGGUGUUGCAUCGAUAACGGCCUUCACCGACAAGUCCCAAACCUCCCUCCAUCUAUCGACGAGAGACGGAAAAGGAUUUUCUGGACGGCAUACAUGUUGGAGAGAUCAGUUGCCCGGACUAUGGGUCGACCUCACUCUAUUUCCGAUAGAGAUAUUGACGUCGCGCUUCCAGCCAAUAUUGACGAUGAAUUAGAUACAGACGAAGCCAUUGUCGCAGCCGUUGUUGAGUCAAGUCAACAUCCUGCUCAGAUCACCGCGCUCACGCCAGCCAUUCACAUAUUCCGGCUACAACAAAUAGAUUCCAAGAUUUCAUACACGGUAUGUCGCGUGGACAAGGAUGUGUCCGAGAUAAAACCACACAAAGUCACACGUCUUCGACAAGCUUUGGAAGAGUGGAAGGCUGCAAUUCCUCAGACCGAUCCUGAGAAUAGACCACAUCCUUACCUCACGACAGAUUAUCACAUGAUUCAAUACCACAAAGCCAUUAUACUCCUGAACCUCCCAUUCUUACCCACCCUCACCCCGCAGAGCCCAACCUUCCAUGAGAUCGUCCACUCCGCCGGCCAGGUCUGCUCCCUGUCGAAACGCCUUCACGACCAACAGACAUGUAUCUCCUUCUCUCUACUCUCACUCCACGCCAACUUCGUCGCCGGCUUGGUCAUGGUAUACUGCUUCUGUCUAGACUCGUCAAUCUUCAGUCCCAAAUUCAGCAGGAGCGUACGAGCGUGCAGCACGAUGCUAUACAUCAUUUCCGAGAGCUGGCCGAGAGCGGUUCAGGCUCGAAACGCAUUUGAUCGCCUUGUCGCUGCUACCAUAGAAAGUGAACACGAUGAAAACAACGGCCUUUUCAGGACUGAGGAUGAUAUACAUGUGUCGCAGGACGGUUUUGCGGCAGACGAGUCGGGUCAUCUAGAGGUUUGGAAUAGCUUUGAGUCGAUACCUGGGGAUCAUCAGAUUGAUCUGGGGACUUGGAUGCAUGAUAGCAUUUUUGAUACGAUGGGCCUCGCGGUCAAAUUUGGCCGGGACGAAACUGUCAAUAUCUCUGAAGGUCAAUGCCUCUGGGCCCUUAGGCGAGUUCUUCCACAAGUCCCGGUUCCGGAAAUAUACGGCUGGUCCACAGAGGAUGGCUACGUGCUGCUUUAUAUGGAGAUGGUGAACGGCGUCACCGUCGAGGAACGUUGGCCAUCGAUGACCGAGGAUGAGAAGACGGGUUUCUGGGGCGCACUGAGAUCUAUGGUCUCGAGUCUACGGACACUGUCUCAAGACCCCAAUGAUCAGUUUCUUGGCCGAAUGGAUCGUAGCCCUUAUUAUGACAUCUCUAUCACCAAUUCUAACAGGCCCCCAGCUGGUCCUUUCACCACUGUCAAAGGUUUCCAUGACUGGAUCUCACUAGUGCUUAGGCAGGCCGUUAAAGAUCAUUGGCCAGGAAUGAAGCCAGAAGAGAUCCCUGAUCCCUAUCGUGAAAUGCUCCCAGAUGACGGCCAGGUUGUCUUCACCCUCGCCGAUCUCCAUCCGAGCAAUAUUAUGGUCAGCCCAGACUCCCCAUCUACGAUCGUGGCACUUAUCGACUGGGAACAAUCCGGAUGGUAUCCUGACUAUUGGGAGUUCUGUAAGGCUGAGUAUACAGCCGAAUUUGGUUCAGAAUGGCAUGGAUAUAUGCUGAGAUUCUUGGAAGAACCUAAAGCGAUAGAUGGAUUUCUCGAGUAUACUAGAGCACUGGGUCAUUGA